AUGUCGAUAUUAUCGAAUAUGAAUAUUUUAUUAAUUAUUCUUAUGUUAAUUUUAUUUAUAUCUCAAUCUGAUGAACAACAAUUGAAAAAUGAUGAUAUGUGCAAUCUAACACGAGAAAUUUUAUGUGUCAAAGAUGUUUUAAAGGACAUAGUAACAAUGAUUGAAAAUAUCAAUCAAACAAUAAAUAAAAUUCAAAAAUAUAUUUUAAGCAAAAUUAUAAAAGUUAAUAAAUUUGAUCAUUAUAUAACACAUGAAAUAGAUUUAAUUAAUUCAUAUUUACCAAUAUCAAAAUAUCAUGUAAAUUUUUUUCAAAUGAAUAAUAUUCAUAAAAAAUAUUUAAUUAAUUUGUUUUUAGAAGCACAUAAUGCAAUGAGUUUUUAUCACAAUUCAAUUAAUGAUAUAUUAAAUAUGAAUGAUACAUCUUCAUUAAUAAUAGAUAAUUGGUUCAAUCAAAUUCAAUAUAAUCUAAGAUAUGAAAUUAUUUGUCAAUAUCGAAAUAUUUUAAAUAUUUAUUCACAUGAAUGGACAUUAAUUAAUCAAAUAAAUCGAAUAAAAUUUUCAACAAUAAAAUAUCAAAGUUCACCAUCAAUUAUUCAUGAUGUUCAUUCAAUUAUUAAUAUUCAAUUAUUACAAAAAUGGAUACAAAAAAUUCAUUCAGUUAUUAAUAAUCUUGAAACAAAAUUUUUUUAA